AUGAACGAGUGGUGGAGGUCCGUCAUCUUCGCAGCUGUAGCCCAAAAGGAUGACGAUAUCUUCACUCUUUCUCUUUCUCAGAUGCGGUCCGUGCUGGGCAGUUUCGUGCUGUUGGUAAUAAUCAUUGAAUUGUACGACUGGCUCAUAGCCAGACGCGACGGUACAAAUCAUACCAAGAUUUAUCCGGAAAAGAUGGCGAGGGAGGAGUUUGAUGAGACGUCAUCCGUCUCCGAGUAUCUUUUGCCCUACACGGAUGAGGAGGAGUAA